UCUUAUGUUAUGUUCAUUUCCCACCCCACCCCCAUUUAUGCAUGCACCCACACACUUUCUUCUUAUCAUUCCUUUCAGGUACUCCUUUUUUGUUUUUGUCUGUUUUGUUUUUUGAACCUUCCUCACAUCCUCCCUACCAAAGGGAUACGUUCUGAGCCAUCAUAUCUUUGUGAUGGUCCUUAAAGACUAUGGAAUUGAUGCCUGGUCCUGAGCAGUGAAAUCUGGGACAUCGCAAAUCCUGGUCCCAUGAGUUCUGUUGCUGUCUAAGACUGAAGCACUUGAGACAUGUGGCGUUUUUCAAGCAAGCAAGUUUGGGUGGAGCCGCACGUGAAUGUGACUCUGGAUCCGGACACGGCUCAUCCCCGACUCAUCGUUUCUGAGGAUCGGAAAAGUGUGAGGCAGGGAGACAUCCAGCAGGAUCUGCCUGACAACCCUGAGAGAUUUGAUUAUGAGUGCUGUGUGCUGGGCUGUGAGGGAUUCACCUCGGGUAGCCAUUACUGGGAGGUGGAGGCGGGGGAUGGGAAGUACUGGGCUGUGGGGGUGGCCAGAGCGUCUGUGAGCAGGAAGGGAGAAUUCAUGUCUAACUUAAACCCUAAGGUGGGGAUCUGGGCUGUGAGGCUGUACGGGGGUCAGUACCAGGUUCUCACCUCCCCAAAGAUUCCCCUGACCCUGAGGCGCGGCCCCAGCAGGAUCCGGGUUUGUCUGGACUAUGAACGGGGGCAGCUGGCAUUUUUUGAUGCUGAGAACCAGGCCCCAAUCUUCACUUUCCCGCCAGCCUCUUUCACUGGGGAGAGAAUCCACCCCUGGCUCUGGGUCAGGGGGGGGUCCCAGCUCAGCCUGUGUCACUGAGGCACGGGGGGAAAUAUCCCACUGAAAUCAGAAUCCCUAGUGUUUAUGAGCUGGGAGGCUCCGUGGGGUCUCUGGACUGUAAACACCAUAGAGAGCAGGAUGUCAUCAAGAAGAAGACGCCAAGCUCAUUGCCCCCGUGAUUGUUCAGUGUAUUUGACUCUGUUCUGUAUGAUCCAGGAGGACUGUAGCCCAGAGACUGACAGCUGGGAACCCAGGGAAGGGGGAAGUGAAAAGGAAAGAGGAAAAGGAGGGUGACAGUGAAACUGGUAAAUCCUAUUGAAAGUGACUGCGUCAUUCAUCACACAGUUCAUCCGCUUGCUGCUUUAGUUCAUGAAAAGGGGGGCCUUAAAAAUGCUUUGCACAAAUUUUGGCCACUUUUUCUUUUCUCGUUAUUAAAUAAUCCCUUCCGUGUUACAUGACGGCCUCAUAUUUACGGUAAACAAUUUUUGAUAAAUAGAGCGUCCUUGUCUGCUUGGUGUUUCUCUCAUUUUCAUGAGUUGUUUUUUUUUCUUCUUGUGAAUUUUUUUUUGGCGGGAACAGGUAGCAUCAAGGGAUUUGAGCCCUCACUGAUCAAAAUGUCUCUAGGAAAAGCCUGCAUGUGAAUCAGAUGGGUCUGUCGGCAUUACAAAGUGAUGCAUUGCUUCUACACUCUGGGACUUAUGAUUUCACCGGGAAAAAAAGAUUUGCUCAGGUUGUGGUCACAUGUCAGUGUGCGCUUGUGACCCUUAAGCACCCCUGUAUUCACACCCUGUUGUAAUGAUGUUUGUCCAAAAGUUCCUUGUAAGAUAUCAUUUGAAAACUGAUAGCAUACUGGUCAUCAAUAUCAUUGUAAAAUGCCUGUGUUAACCUUAUAUAUGAAGUUAUGAAUUCCAUCUGUACCAUGUUACAGUUAAGACCGAUGUUUAAGACCAGACAGCCUAACCUAGGUAAGAGUGUUUAAACAGGUCUGUCCUAUAUAAAAGAAUGUGGGUUUACCUACAUUUACAUAUUAGCCGUAAACAAAGCUAUCACACUAAGGGCUUGUCUACCCUACAGGGUAUGUCAGUAUAAGGUAUGGCACUCCGGGGUGUGAAUAAGCCACCCCCCUGAGUGACAUACGUUACACCAACCUAAGUGCCGGUGUGCACAGUGCUAGGUCGGCAGGAGCAUUUCUUCCACUGACAUAGCUACCGCCUCUCGCGGAGGUGGUUUUAUUAUGCUGACGGGAGAGUUCUCUCCUGUUGGCAUAGUGUGUGUCCACCAGAUACGCUACAGAUGUGGCGCUGUAGUGCUUCUCGGGUAGACGAGCCCUAAAACAACAGCCCAAACUUGAGAGACUGAGAAUUAAUGUGGCUCCUGCACCCCAGAGAGACACACAUGAAACUGAAUCCCCAGAAGGCCUUCCUGACUUUGGGAACAAAGCCAGUUCCUUGGGAAUAAAAGGGCCAUCUUGAUCUUUCAGCUAAGAAGACAAGGGAAACCAGCACCUCAUACUUCUGUGAAAGGUCCUGACUGAGAGACACUCAGCCGUCAUGGACAAGGAAUAAUUGGAGGGAGAAACCAUCUUAAACAAAAAGUGUAACUUGCGAGAUUAAGUUUUAGCCUUUUAGAUGCGUGUUUUCACUUUUAUUUGCUAGGAGCCAUCUCUACAUCUGUUCUUUUAUUUAGCAUCACUUAACCUA